ACUGUCGCGCAGCUUCACGUGUCACACACCGCGCAUACGUCGGCGAACGUCGCUGAACGUCGCGGGGGAUACGGGGAUGUACGGGGAUACGUAACAACGCGCGUGGACGCCGCGGACGCAGCUUCUCGGACGUGCUCGGACGUACACGUACGCUCGCAUACGGUGUGCUGUCGGGCAGCUCUUCCUUCAUCUCCUCUGUUGUACUCUCGCCGAGGGAAUCGCACGGGCGGUGACGAUGGCACCGAAGCAGCGGAUGCGCAUCGCGAACGAGAAGGCGACGAAGAACAUCACGUUACGCGGAAACGUGCCCAAAUCGACGAAAUCGCAAGAGGAGGGAUCUCCAGUUGGACCUUGGCUCUUAGCUCUCUUCCUCUUUGUCGUGUGUGGGUCUGCCGUGUUUCAAAUUAUCCAGAGUAUCAGAAUGGCUUGAACAAAGCUGAAAAGGGAAAGGAGGCGCUACUGUUGAUCUUCAUACCUAAGAAACUAUCUACAAUUCGGCGAUAUGCGAAAGAGACUGACAAACCGUUUUAAUAUAGAUUAUAAAAAAGAUUGGAGAUUACGGGAAACGAAACGUGAACAAAAAAUUUAGACAGUAGCUAAAAAAAAAUCAUUUCUCUUUUGCGGAAAAAGCUCAAAGAUUUAUUUAUAAUAACUUAGCAUUUAUAAGCGUUUAACUUAAUUGCGCUACGCAUAGACGAAAGGAGAAAGUGCUCGAAUCAGACAGAGUGUCUCCAACAAUCUAUCAUUCUUGUGAAUCGGAAAAGAAAAAAUUAAUUUGUUUAUAUUUAAAUUUUUAUUGCGUUUCAAACGAUGUUUUGGUUUAUGCAGUUGUCUACACUAUUUUUUCCGAAAUGUAUUCUUUCGUCUAUGUGUAUGUAGUAAACAAUUGUAUAUAUAUAUACACAUAAAUGAUUUAUCAUGCAGAUUUCUCCUCAAGCAGAUCUAUCCAAUUGGCAGCACGUAAGCUCGACUCCGAUAAUUGGACAGAUCUGUCUUAAAGCAUUCCAAUGUAAGCAGUUGGUAGCUUUCUGUUAUUAUAAUGGCCUUUGUAUGAUGCUUAUAUGUUACAUAGGCAACACAUGCGCAGUAGGUCAUUAUAUUCAUAUACAAAUAUAUAGUAUACAUCUCAAAGAAUGAUUUGUCUAUAUGAAAUAUUUGCUACUGACAGUGCACACAUUGUCUCUUUUAAUAAAGUAUAUUAUCAAUAAAGAUAUAUAUAUUGUUUUACAUGAGA